AUUCAAUUUCCGAACGAAAACGUCGCCAUGACACCCGUUCAAACAAAUGACAGUUUUCAACGGUCGACAUAAAUAUUUUUGUGGCGUACUUAUUGUGUAUUUAAAAUUAUUAUAAGAACUUCAAGUUGAAAGCUAUGGACAAGAAUAAAAGCUUCGCCCUGCCCAAACCCGUACGCCCAACAACUAAGCGGACAACCGUCACCGAAGUGCCUACAACUUCCAAGAAAGUGAUACCCAGGGAGAAAUUCUGUUCACGUAAAAGUAUUGCGCCUAAUAAAAUAACCGCACGCGCAAACACAACUAUAUUAAGUGACAAGUCGAUCUGGAAACCGGAGGCGUCUUCAGACUUAGAUGCCGCGGACGCCGAGAUUGCAUACGGAAAAUUCUUGAGAAAUAUGCUAGAAGAGUGUCUUGUUGAGGAGAAGAUAAAGAGAGAGGAAACCCAGAUGGACGUCCAGAUGGCGCAGUUGGCUGAUAGAUUCAAAAAGACCAUGGACCAGCUGGAUAGAACCAACAGACGGCUGAAGGACAUCAAAUUUGUUGUUGAACAAAAGAGGCUCUUGGAUCUAAAAAAUCAAGACUGUUCCAAUUUCUACAAUUUAACAGAGAAUUCAACCUUAGAGGAGAAGAUUAACAAUCUUACGUCAUCAGAAGAAGCUUGUCUCGAUCAUUUGGAAACAAUUAAUGUUGAUUUCGGCUUCAACCAUGAAUCUGGACACAAACAACUUUUAGAUGCAGUUAACGAGGCUAUAGAGGGAUUGGAGGGUAUCAAAAAGAACUCCAAAUUAGACACUGCAAAGUUUCACGAAUACGAAAGCUUGCACAAAAAUUUGGAAGAAAUUGAAAAGGACAGAUUUAAUAUAGACAUGUUAAAGAGUGAAUUUGAAGUUAAAUUCCCUAAAUUCAGUGAGAAAUUGUUAAAGGAUGUAUCUGAUAAAAUGGCUUCGCUUAUGGAAGAUGAGGUUGAUGACAAUUGAAUAUUAUAUUCACUAUAUUUGAUUUAAUAUUUAUGUAGAAUAUUAAAGGUAAAUAACUCACAAAAGCCACUUGGCUAAAGUUUUUGAGCAUAUCUCUAGUACAACACUGAUUUCUGCAUUUAAAACUUCUAGCUAGCUAUGUAAGCUAUGAAACCCUGGUAAGGAAAUCUCCCUCACUACCCUAUAAAUUAUGAGCCCCAGCUUUCCAAAAUUGCUCCAGAAGCCUGGCAGGCUACCGGUUCUAAAUGCCCUAAGAAACUGGGGAGCAUAGUCUUCCUUAUCAUUGACCCAUCACUGACCCAAUUUAGGGCAUGUGUAUCCUCUCACAAUGAGAAGGUUGUAGGCCCUACGUCUACGCUUGGAGCCAUUGCAGUCCAUACACCUUUGAGAACAGUAUGAAUGAAUU